AUGGAGAACAGAUACUUUGUCUUUUUAUGUAUCUUUGGUGGUUUUAGGGCAGAGAGAUGGUGGCUCUUGCAUCGGAAUGACAAGGUAUUGCCAGUGAAAAGGACGACGAUGACGAGAUCUAUGACGGCGAGGAAUGAAGUUACUUGGGUCCAAUGGAAUGGAAAUGAUCCCCUACGACUCAAUUAUUGCCAUGCUACUAAAAAUGGCCAUUUCCGAAGUGAAGAAGCAGAAAAAACUACAACCUUUUAUAACAACGUCGUUGCAGGGUGCGUUGACUACUAUGGUCGUCCCGUACUCCGAUCAAAAUCCGGUCGAUGGCGAUCCGCCUCCGUCAUCAUAUGUGUGGAAAUGGCGGAGAGAUUUGCAUAUUAUGGUAUAAAUUCUAACCUAAUUAAUUACCUGAACGGGCCCUUGGGGCAGUCCACCGCAGCAGCGGCGGAGAACGUGAAUGCAUGGUUUGGAACGGCGGCGCUCACUCCGCUUUUGGAUGCUUUGGUGGCUGACUUCUUCCUUGGCCGUUAUCAAACUACUGUGUUUGCUUCUCUGCUUUGCAUUUUGUCUUCUGACUGCCAAACUACUGAUAAUGCCAAUGCAUGUUCUCCUCCUCAACUCCAAGUUGUACUAUUCUUUUUCUCAUUGUAUCUGGUGGCAAUAGCUCAGGAAGGACACAAGCCUUGUGUUCAGGCUUUUGGAGCUGACCAAUUUGAUCCACUAGAUCCCAAAGAAUGCAAAGCCAGAAGUUCUUUUUUCAACAGGUGCUCAUUUUUCUUUUCAACUACCUAUGUGGUACUUUAUUCGCAUACCCAACACCAAAUGCAAUAUCUAUUAUUUGGAAUUACUGAAGUAUUCACAAUGGUUGGUCUCCAAGAAUUCUCCUAUGACCAAUUGCUAAGAGAAUUCAGAAGAAUAGAUCUUUCUCUUUAUCUUAGUAGUUUUGGUGUGGGGAGCUUUCUAAGUAGCUUCUGUUGUGCUUUCUUCCAUAUCUUUGUUAUUGAGAAAACCACAGGUGGUGAUAGAGAUGGUCGGAUUUCAUACAACUUGAACAGAGGACAUCUAGAUUACUUUUAUUGGCUACUUUCUGGACUAAGAGCAAGUUUGGAUGGGUUUAAAAAAAGCAGCUUAUAA